AUGACCAGGAACGCGACCGGUUCGAACGUGCUCGCUAUUCUCGGUCGAUGCAAACUCGGAAAGCUACAACCGGGUUGCUGUCGCAGCCCCAGCCUGCCACGUUGUACCAACUCAGCCGUCGACGACCUCAGACCUCCGGUGAAGCGAGCCAAGGACGAUGCGUUCGAUGCUUCGGGAUACUGUUCCUCUGCACCGGGUGCGGCCGAUGUCGGGCGUAACUACCCGCCGCCACCGCGAUUGCGUACACCACCGCCGGGGCCUCCGGGCGCGUACUACGACGGUGCCAGAGACUAUCCUCCAUGGGGUGUGAGCCCUGCUCCUUCAGCUCGUGAUCGUGAUCGCGAAUACAUGGACGGUAGAGGCGGAUAUGCGCCCCUACGACAGGCGAGAGCCUGCAUCACUGGACAGAAUGCCUCCGCCGAGAUCACCGGCACCGUAUACCAGAGGCGGCUACGGAAGGGAUGAGCGCCGGUAUCGUCCACCACGACCGCGAUUACUUGAGAACGCGACGAGCUAGGACAUUUGAUGUACUUCUGCUGCUGCGUCUUGCAUACUUGUUUGCGUGUGCACUGUCUAAUCAAUAAUCUGGUCGC